AUGAAAAAUUACAUGCUAUUUUAUCUAGUGGUUAUUUAUUUCUUCUUGUAUCUUAUCAACACACCAACAGUUGCCACAACUUGUAAGUUUAAUGGAUGCUACGAUUCUGGAAGGAAUCCACGUCCUUGCAUCGCAAGUCCAGUCAAUAUGGCCUACAAAAGGAAUGUUUCAUCAACAAAUACAUGUGGUAACCCAGCUAGUGGGUUCUGUGAGCUUGGCCCUGGACAAAAGUGCUUUGAGUGUGAUGCUAAUAAAACAGAUAAAAGGCAUUCUCCAGUAUUCAUAGUUGAUAAGGAAUUUGAUACUCCGUAUUUCCUUGAAGAUGUAACAUGGUGGCAGUCUCAAACAUGGUGGGACACAAACCAACUUGGAAUGUCAAACCAGUUCAAUCCUUUGAAGGUAAACAUAACACUGUCUUUUGGCAGAAGGUUCCACAUAUCUGGUGGUAUCAUAGUGAGAUUUUACAAUGAGAGACCAAUGGCCAUGUUUCUGGAAAAGUCAAGGGACUAUGGUAAAACAUGGAAAGUUUUACAGUACUUUGCUUUUAAGUGUCCCUUGUAUUACAACAUGGAUGAAAUGGAACCUGUUCCGAAGAACAAUCUAUUUGAAGCAACCUGCACUGAGGAUUACAGUGGACAGUUCCCACCAAGAUAUGGAAAGGUGGAGUACAGAUUUGAUAAACGCUAUGAUGACAGUUGUCGUUACUUUGAUGAAGAGAUCCAGAAUUUCAUGUUAGCAACAAAUGUACGAGUCAGACUUGAAUAUCCUUACACAGAUGGCCUUGAAAAAGUAUUUCAGACUGAGGAUGUACUCAACAAGUAUUAUUAUGCAAUCUCAGAUAUUGUAAUAACAGGACGGUGUGACUGUAAUGGGCAUGCACAAUAUUGUACAGGACCACGCAUGGAGGAAACAUGUGAAUGUGAGCAUAAUACAAUGGGACAGGAUUGUGAAAUGUGCAUACCAAUGUUCAACAAUCGUCCAUGGAUGCCAGCAAAUGCGAGUCAUGCAAAUGAAUGCAAAGGUGAUCACCAAUUAACUUUAUUAUUCAGAACAAAUUUUCAUUUCCCUUAGCAUGCAAAAUCUAAAAAUAGAUUUUUUACUGGUUAUAAAUUCAUUGGCUAAAUGUGUUUUAUUUGGUUUGAUAUAGAAUGUGAAUGUAAUAACCAUGGAUUGUCCUGUAUAUACAAUGAUACUCUGGGCUAUGGUGUUUGUACCAGUUGUCAACACAAUACCAAAGGAUCACAAUGUGAAACAUGUUCACCAAAGUACUAUAGGAAUGCAAAUGUGCCUUUACAAGAUCUAAACACAUGCAUUGGUAAGAUUAGCUGGCAAAUUGAUUUUAAUUACAAGAAUUAAGGACUUAGUUGCACUUAGCGUACAAGCUGGUUAAGAUAUUUUCAUUAAUGUGUUGCUUGAAACCAAUAGGCUUGUUCAUUUUAGAUAAAAGCGCCUUUAAUCCUAAGUUACAGUAACUGUUUUUUUUUUUUCUUUGCAGCUUGUAACUGUUUCCCAGAAGGUAUUACAAAUGAUGGUACAUGCCUACAGGAGGAAACACCCAUGCAGGUGAUUGGACAGUGCCAGUGUAAGGAGAAUGUGUUUGGACGACAGUGUGAUCAGUGUAUUCCAGGAUACUGGGGUUACAGAGGAAAUCCAGCUGGUGAAUGCAAAGGUCAACUUCCACAACAUGCCUAAAAAGUCACAAUUCUUGAAAUCUUUUGUCUAAUGUAUUAUUCUUUUUGAGCACAGUUGCUUUUUAAAUCUAAGUUUAAGGGUUUUACUCUGACUUUUUUCUCUUUGAAGAACAAUUAUUUAAAACAAAUGGCUUGCUUUGCAAGUCUCAUAAUUCUCAACACAAAGAAUUUUUUGAUUGUUUUGCUUCAGCCUGUGGAUGUGAUAUUUUGGGAACAGUGAACAACACUUUACAGUGUGACCAGUAUACUGGGGACUGUCCAUGUAAGGAAUCUGUACAGGGCAGGUACUGUGUGGAAUGUAAAGAUGGCUUCUACCUGUUUCCACUAACCAAGGAUUCAGAUUGUCUAAGGUGUCCCUGUGAUUUAGGUGGGGCAUUCCCUCGAUGUGACAAAUUGUCAGGUUGGUAACUUUCAAGUUCCUAUCUUUUGAACAGUGAUUAAUGGUAUGGCCCAUUGGUAUUUACUGUGAUGUGAGUAGUCUUGAGUUGAUAUUUGGUUUAGAAACUUGUAUCCCAAGUUUAUAAUUUUUAAUCUUCAUAAUCCUGAUAGAUUAGUUUUUCCCUGGAAGAGAACUUCAUGUGGAGCUUAUUGUGUCAUAGUUUCCCCUUUCUGUAACUGCUGCAUAUUUUAUGUUUGGAGUGAUUUACUGAAACCUCAAUCUUGAAGAACAAAAUAAUUUUGUUAGUCAGAAGUUCAUUAUUAUCCAAACUGGUAUGAAUAGAUUAAACAUACCAGGGAGGAAACCCUGUUAGAAUAUCUUUUGUAAUCAAUUUAAUGCAAAAUCUUAAAUUCCACCAGCAAAACUAUUUAAUUCAGAUUUUUUUAACUUGAAUUUUCACCUGGUCAGCACUUAUAUUUGAUUUCUUAGGCACCUGUUCUUGCCGCCUUGGUGUAGAAGGAAGCGAGUGUGAAAGAUCCCAGCAGGAACAUUUCUAUCCAUCCUUGGACUUCAUCCAGUUUGAACUAGAAGAUAUGCAUGGUACCUUCACAACUUUGACUCCAUCUGAGGGUUAUGGAGUAGACUUCAGUGGGCAUGGUUUUGCCAUUCUCUAUACGGGGCAAUAUGCCUAUAUUGAUAAUGCCAAAGUGUUAGCCAGCCACCAGUUCUAUGCAGUUCUUCGUUACAGUAUCACCCAAAGUUGUACAUUUGAUUUUUCUGCGAAGCUUGUAUUGGGCAUCACAAGUACUGGCCAAAAUACCAGCAUUGAAUUUGAUCUUUUAAUGGAGAAGCAACCAGAAAGAUCAGGGAAAACAUGGAGGUCACCUCAAACUGUAACACUAUUGACUGGCAAAGUCUACAACCUCUCACUGACAUAUAACAGUACCAAUGACAUUGAGAACUGCUCUGUUCAUGUUGACUCACUGGUCUUUCUUCCUGAUGUAAAUACUACCAGAGCUUAUACUGAGUCAGAAAGAGACACUCAAGAUCAGUUACAUAGCUGUGCUCAAGCUUCUUUGUCUCUGGCAGCAUCAGAGCCAGCUUACUGCAACAAACUGGUGUUUGCUGCAAGUACAGAAAUCUAUAAUGGUACCUUGGGUAAGUUCAUUUCCUCUCUUACUGACUUUUCUCCCUUCCCUUCAUCAAUUUCCUUCUCCUGUAUUGGGAAUAACUCACUCAUGCCAAUCUUUCACUUGAAAACAAGGCAGAAGCUGUACUUUUUGGUUAACAAAGGAAGAAGGUGCACAUUAAAUGAAAUAAUUUUAGCAAUUUAUCUCAUUCCGUAGUCUCAUGACUGAGCAUGUAACAGUACAUGUUGUUUUCUAUGUGAUAGAUCAAAUACUCGUGCCGUGUGUCCAUUGUGUUUAGGUUUAUGGAAAAUAGUGAAACUUUUGCUAUUCUUAUAGUUUCAAAAAAUCACAACAUAUCAGUGAACAAGACUUUUACCCUACAUUUUUAGGCAUCUUAAACAACAUGUUUAAUAUAAAGAGGUAAUUUUAACCAUAGGACUUUCCCCUUUUAAAAGGGCCCUUUCUAUCUAUAUUUAUGAGAAGGCUGUUUCACUUCAAGAACAUCACAGUCUGUUCAGAUCUUGAUUGUUGCUGUUUCAUUUUUGUUGGAUUUCAGCCUGCAGGUGUAAUCCUGUUGGUAGUGUUAGUGGUACACAAUGUACAGCUUAUGGAGGCCAGUGUCAGUGUCACCCAGGAGUUGUGGGACGUAUCUGUGACUCCUGUAAUAAUGGAUACUAUGGAUUUUCUUCAACAGGAUGUAAACGUAAGAAAACAGCUAACUUUUUGUACUUGUCACCAUAAGAACACCACUAGAUGCAUGGAGUUAGAUGAAUCAGUUUGAAAAAAGAUAGAUACUUCCAAUACAUUAAAAACCAUUCUUGUUCCUAUUGGGUCUUCUCUUACCUCUUUGUUGAUUGAUAGCCUCUGCCAAGCUUUUUUGUCAAUAACAGGUAAUAAAAAUGAGAUUUAAAAUUGUUGCUAGUUUGGAUCUGUUCAUUCUUUGUAUCUUUUUUGAUUCCUCUUCCAUUAAUAUCUUUUGUGCUUGCUAAAUAACUGUUUUUUGAUAGGGGUAAAUGUGAAUGACCCUAAGCAAUUUUUUAAGAGGUCUGGAUGAGUUGUAUCACAGUAUACUUGUUACUAAAAAGUUAACUGUGUUUUUGCAGGUUGUCAGUGUUCUAAUGCGGGGUCUUUGCAUUUUUCCUGUCAUUUGACAACUGGAAAGUGCCAGUGUAAGACCAAUGUUGAAGGACACAACUGUGACAUCUGUAAAGAUGGCUCCUUUAAUUUGGAUAGUGCUAAUGAGCAGGGAUGUCUGUCUUGUUUUGGUUAUGGCAGAGCGAGUAGUUGUAAAUCAGCUAGUGGAUUUGUUGCAUCAGCCAUAUUAAAUGAAUUUGAAAAUAAAACAGGUAAUAUCUGUGCUUUUGAUUCUGCCACAUUUUACACUAGCUAGUUUACAUUACAAGCUAUUCUUUAAUAAAUAUCUAAAAGCAUCACUUCAAUCAAUAUUCUACUCAAUCAAUGUACCAAAAAAAAAGCAAGCAACAAAAUGUUCUUGGUACUUGUGACAGAUGCAGUAUUUGCAACCCUGGAAGAAAUAAUCGUCAUGUAAUGUAAUAAUGAUGACAUAUUUAAAUAAUGAAACAAUUAUUUGUCAGUUGUAGUUCUGUCAUUGGAAACAAAAGCUUAUUAUAUCUAAAUUAGCCCAGUUAUUAGACAAGGUAGCUCAUCUGAGGAAAAGGAAUGGUAUACAGUUGCUAGAUUUUUGGGACCAACACUACUCUAAAGCAGCCUUGCAUUUGAGAAUGCUGUCAGCUGUGCAAGCUAAAUGGGAACAUAGAUGCAAACUGUCUGCAAUAUUUCAAAGCAUAUAAGAUGAUGAAAAUGCUUGGAUCUUGUGUAUGUUGCUAGAUAUGUAUCCUUUGAAAUAAAGUGGCUUAACGAAGCAUUUGUUUUUCAUGUUUGUUUCUUUAGAGAAAAGUAUUCUAAUUUCUUAUUUUUCAGAGUUUGAUUGGGUGGUGGUAAACAGGACAGGUGAUGUGAUUCCAUUUGUUGACUCAGCAUCCAAUGGCUUGGUUGUUACCUCUGUUCUUGUGCCACCUGUAAUGUACAUUAGUGCACCUUCCUUAUUUCUUGGAACACAGUUCAGGUCAUAUGGCCAGAGACUACAUGUCAAAGUAAGGAUAUCUAGGUGAUUUAAUUCACAUGGGGAGGGCUAUAUGAUAAUAUUUAGUUGGCAAACUCAUAUAUUAAGGAAGAGUGGCUCAACAAAAGUGACUAUCAUGCAUGCAUUUGGUGUACAAUUGGUAAAUCGUACCUGUCACAUAUCCAGUUUGUCAUUUUGUUACUGGGGGCAAAUAAAGAGUGAAAUUUUGGUCAAAGUAAAUCUGCGUUUCAUACGCAUCAUUGUGGUAAAAUGUACCCUGAAAGUAGGUUUGAUAAACCCUCUGAGAUUAGGUACUCUGUGAUAUUGUUACAAAGAUUACUCGGCUGCAUUUACUUUCUUGGGGAAAAUGGAUGUGACAAAUGGUUACAUGUGAAUUUGUUCAAAAUUUGUUUCUUUUAGUUAUGCCUAUCUGUUGCUGAAAUGCUCAGAGAACCUUGUUAUUAAAAUGAGCAUUCAUCAUCAGUCAGUUAGAAUUCUUGUUGCUUUUUACAGGGGGAGAUAAGAAAACAUUAGUAGCUAUAAUUUGUUCUUGAUAUUGACAUAGUUUUAUGACAUCAUCCACAGAAAUCAUGGCUGCUAUGCAUUCCCCACAAAUCAUUAAGAUACUCUACAUGUAAACGUUUGUUAUUUUUUUGACAGAUAGACAUCAAAGAUCCUGGUAAUGGACAAAACCCGGCUGCAGCAGAUGGAGAUGUCAUCCUGGCCAGUGGCUCUAAAGAAGUGGCGCUCAACUUUAUUCCCUCCCCCUCUCCUAACGUCUCGUCAUAUCACGUGAUACUAGAUGAAACACACGUGAUUGAUGGGCAGUCAGUAUCAUCACUGGAGUUCCAGUCCAUUUUGGCUGGGCUGACAUCUCUCAAGCUCCGUGCCUCGUAUUUCCCACAGAGUACCGUGACUUUCAAGGAGGUAACUUUGGAGACUGCCGUGAAUGAGCGAGGUAUACCAGGUGAAGUUUCGGUUGGAUUUGUAGAAAAUGCUACGUGUCACACAAACUACACAGGGCUGUCGUGUGAACUGUGUGCGCCAGGUAAGUAGCAGAAGUAUUUUUCUUUUAAAUCAGUGUGAAAGGCUGUGUUGACGUUAUAAAUGUAAUUAAAAACUUGAGUAAUUCCUACCCGUUAUACCUACCUACCGUUCCUACCUACUCUUUUCAUCGACUUUAACUUUCUCUUAUUGAACAGAGACAGGAGUCAAAGACUGAAACACUGAAGAUUUAAGAGUCAUUUGGUGGAAACAUUACAAUCCAACCAAUAAUUUUUAUUUUCUCUCCUGAACCUACAUUUAAUCCACUCUUCAUGAGUUUGUAGUGUAACAGAGCCUUAACUUGUUAUACAGGCACUUGUUAGCUUUGAAUGACUAGCCUUUAUCAUUUUACAUUAAGAAACAUUGAUACAAAAAACUUCCAUUACAUAUUUAUAAUACUCACCGGUAUUGUUUUUGUUUUUUCUUUGUUCUUUCCUCAGGGUACACUCGUGAGGUGAAUGGAAGUGGGCCAAGUGGCCGUUGUGUUCUUUGUUCCUGUAAUAACCGGAGCACAGAAUGUGACAGGGAGACUGGGGCGUGCACCAACUGUCAAGUGGGUACCUAUGGUGACCGCUGCCAUUUGUGUACAAAUAAUGUGCUGGGACCAGAAUGCACUCAGUGUGAGCCUGGCUAUUGGGGACUGUCAAAAAAUGGUUGCAGAGGUACCAAAGGGUACUCUUUACACAUGUUGGUUGCUUAUCUGGCGUAGCAUCCCGUGAUAUUUUUGCUGAAUAAUAAGUAGUUACCUGUGCAUGUCUCUAGCUAGUCUUUGAGCUUAAGCUGAUUCAACGGAAAUGAUGAGCAAUUUGACUUAACUUAUUUGAAUCCAAGUGAUAUACCAGUUUGUUCUUCACCAUUUUAAGCAUUUUACACAUAUCCACUUUCUGUGUUGAACACUCUUAUCAACCUUACCAAGAAGACGUUUGAAAAUCAAAUUUAAUUGAGUUAAAAAUUGUUGGUUUGCCUGCCAGUGCAUUAUUAACUAGUAUAGUUUUAAGGCGUUACAAACUUUCUAAAUGUAAUGUUUCGUCACACCAAAAAUUACAUUUAAGUUGUCACUCAUUCUCAGUGUAUAUUCUUUAGCCUGUGAUUGUCACCCUGUUGGAACUGCCUUUGGAAACACAACCUUAUGCGACCAAGUGACUGGUCAAUGUGAGUGUAACGCAACAGCUAGAAUAGGGGGCAGGCGCUGUGACAGGUGUAUGGAAAAUAGCUGGAAUACUUCAGACAGUUUGUUCAGCUGUCGAGGUAAAGAGCGUCUUGGAACUUUAUUUUCUGUUCCAACAUUCGAAAUUAUUUUGUUUCUUUCUGCUAUAAUUCGCCGGCCUUUUUACAUCUGAAUAAAGGGGGUAAGUUUCUAACGCUCGAAAAAUCAGCUUUAAAACUCUUUAUGGUGGCCUAUUUACGUUAUCAACUCAGUUGAUAAUUCUAAGUUACAUUGAAUUUUUACUUCAUUAAUGUCACUUUUUCAGAAUGUUCCUCUUGUUACUCUUCUAUCCAAGAGGAUGUGAAUGUUGUUCGCACCCGGCUCCUAGACAUAGAAGAUGAUCUCUCGGCUCUUAUGAAACAUCCUGCAUUACUUCACAAUCUCACAUUUGUGGAGCGAUUGCACCAGCUGGUCACGGAAGUCAGCGUACUUACCCAAACAAUCAGCAGAGCAUUGGAGGUAGAAGGAAAUCUAACAUCUCAGUGGCUAACGUUUGAAGUUGCAUGCCACGACUUGAGUACCAACCUAAACCACACUGAGACAACUUAUGUGAAUCACACACUUUAUUAUGCAGCUGUAGUGGAUGCCAAUAGAAAAGAAAUCGAGAGCACUGUUACGCAGAUUCGUGAUGUAGUCAGGGAGGCAGCCCGCUUAUUGGGAACUCCUAUGAGACACAAACUAGAACAGAACGAAGUGUUGUCCAGAUCCCUGGCGCUCGUAGCAAAGGAGUUGAUAGGUGUCGCAGAAGGUGUGAUUGAACAUAAAAAUCGCACCGUCACAAUUAAUGGGACAAUUUUUGCGCGUGUAGAAUCCGCAUUGGAGACAGCACGAAAUGCUACUGAAAAAGCACAAGAUGCGAAUUCUACCCAGGUUCAACUGACUAAUCUGCUGCAGCCACUGUAUGAAAACGUAUCAGCAGCAAAUACUCUUGGAGAGCAAACAGUGGCAUUGGUGUUAAGCAAACUCACCAGUGCUAGUAAAGCGUAUAAUGACAGUGAAGCAAUGAUAGCCGAGGCUAGUCAACCAAACCCUGACAGGAGUAGUGUAAGUUUACUGUAUUAACGUGAGUACUUUGGUAAGUCAAAUAUAGAUGUACCGAAAAAUUCGUUAUAUCAAAUAUGAUCGAAAAACUAGAUUCACUUUCUCAUUCGUCGCUUUAGUUGGGAUUGACUACGUAUCACGAGAGAAGACCUUGGUGGAAAUGGAUACUGAAUUACAUGUGAUUAUUUUGAUAAAUAUAGGUGUUACAAGAUUUGAAAAGAAAGACAAUUGAGGCAAGAAAUCUGGCAGCGCAUUUCCUCAAUCAAACCAGCGAACUAUAUCAUUCCAGUGCGGCUGUGGCAGGUCAGGUUCACGCUGCCAUAGAAAGAUCGGUACAUCUGGAAGAGGAAGUACAAAACGUGUUGUUAAAUGGUACACAGCUUCUACAAAGAUGCCAGGCUGCAUUAAGUUCCACACAGGCUUCUGUCUCAAGAGCUAACAAGGUGCAUGAACAUGCGAAGAGAAUGUUGAAUGUCGCGAGCAACUUUGAAGUUGAAUCUCGUCAGGUCCAGGCUUCUGCCAACAGGUCCUUGUUAACUGUUUCCUCCGCUCGCACCAACGCUCACGACAUUUUAAGGAAUGUUUUUGCAGUGAAUGAAUCUUCUGCAAACUCGCUGAAAACGGUUGAGGAGGCUCUGCAACUUGGAGACGUGGUUGAUAAAUCUUCUGCUUCCGAAAAGCAGGUAUGCUCCCUGUUAGUUUGUCAUGAUGUAAUUGGUGAGUAAAGUAUUGUAUUUUUCGACCCCAACAAUUAUUUUAAUGAACACGCAGCGUACGAGUUGUUUCGUGAUAGUUUGAAUCUUGUAUUCUAACCAACAACAAUAGACGUUAGAGUGGUAAGCAGUGAAGGAAGCUACAUCAAGAAUUUUUGUCUCCAGCUAUUCUGUGGCGAUUUUUUUGUCGGUAAUCAUAUGGUUGAAGCUCACUGACUAAAUCAAACUCAGUGUGUAAUGGCUGGAACUCUACUCCAUACCAAACCUGUAGCAGUAUGCAAUCGCCUUACUACCGCUGACCUAAAAAAAACACGCGAAAAGGAUGCUUGUUCUUAAGGCUGAUAACUUAGUUUGUGUACGCGUUUAGUAACAGAAAUGGAUACCUAUCAACUUUUUGGUUUUCAGCCAGUGGAGUAAUCAAUUUUUACUUUUUGUUGCUUACAAAGGUCGUGAAGAAGGCUCUCCGCCUGGCGUAUAAAUUGUGGAACGAGACAACUGGAGCGAACAUGGUAGGUAACGCUACUAUGGAAGACUUCAUGGCUCGAAAUAUAGAACCCAUCCAGAAACUCUGUCAAAACCUGUCGACAAAAGCCUCCAACUUGUCAAACAAUGGCCACAUUAUUUUGCAUAGAGCUGCUCAUACAAACGCUACUGUGCAUCGACUAAUUAUUUUGAUUAGACGCGUGAUGAAUGAAAGCUCUGGUUUGCCUCGAGUCAGAGUGGACGAUCUGCCCACUCUCAGGGAAGGGGUGAAUUCAGCCCGACAGCAAUUUGACGGGCUUCAACUCCAGCCCCAGUUAGAGGAGUUAAAAAGAGAGCUUCAACUACAGAAGACAAAGAUGGCAAUGUAUAAAGAGCGGAUUCACCAGCUUCGGUCUGAUAUUCAGAAAUAUAAGGGUUUAGUAAGGUCUCUACCUUCCUUUAUGCUUUGCUAACUUUGCUAAUAGAGAGGAGCUGAAAGACUAGAUUAUGUAACCAAAAAUCCAUGGGACAUUGCGGACAGUCACAAGGCCUUACGCAAGCCCUUUUGGUAUUGAGUAACACAACUUUACUGAUCAAACCACUUCAGAACAGCCUGGAGAGAUUUUUCAGGUUUUUUUUCUUUUUGACUGUGUCAAAACAACACAUCAAGACUUAAACUGAGACAUGGAGUAUCUUUGUAGCCGGUUAACUACAAAGUUUUAUGGCCAGUUUUUCGGUCUUUGGCCCUUGAUGUAAUUAAGACUGCUUACAAGUUCUGCAGGCUGUUCGACUAAGGGCCUGUUUACAUGGAGGUGGGGUACCCCAGGUAGGUGAGGUAACCCGCCUAGCCGUGGUCGAAAAAUAAAACGCGUUUACAUGCAAUCUUAUAACCCCGGCGUGUUGGGGUGAGGUUUCUUGAGGUUGUUGUUGUGCUUGCAAUUGAGGAGUUUGAGUAGAGGCGUCCCAAGUUCACAUCUCGAAAAGAUGAAAGAUUAAUUCUCGGACACAUACGAGUUUAUUCAUGAAAGCGUCACGCGUUGUGUUACGCGGUGUUUGGCUUCGCAAGGAACCGUUGACUUAAUACGUUAUACGGAAUAGUUUGGGAAACCAAACAUGGUCGGUUUACAACGCUAAAUAUUCUGAAAUGUGAACAUUUUACACUCCUUGUGUGUCCGUUGCGGUUUCUGGUGAUUUCUGCCCUGAGACGGCUAGGAAAUGUACAAAUAUUUAAAACAAACAUGUUUCGCUUUUGAGCUUUUUGCCAUGAAUGCGACCCCGGCUAGGCGGGUUACCCCACCUAGACACGUUUACAUGGCAAAUUGUCACCCCGGCUGACAGGGUUACCCUACCUGGCGGACCGGACAACCCGCCUAGGCGGGUCACCCCAUGUAAACGUGAUCAAGAUACAAUAAGAAAUUAUAUGGACAGGCGAGUUACCCCACCUAGGCGGGUUACCUCACCUACCUGAGGUCCCCCACCUCCAUGUAAACAGGCCCUACUAGUAUCAUGAUUUGCUGAUGAACGAGUAUUCAUGCUUCCCCAAUACUGAAAUAAUAAUAUCUCACUCCAGUACGUGCUAAUUACAAACUUUUGGAGACCUUGCUGAAGCAGUGAUUUCAAUUGCUAUGGUAGUCUUUCAUUUCAGCGCCUUAAAAAGUUAGAAAGUUUGAGAACAGACAGUGUAAGUCAGUAAAAAAGCUCUUUAAAGAUUCCAAUCAAGAUCGUUUGCUUUUAACUCUCGGUCCGGAAAAGAGGUCUGUUAAUUCAGUUAUUCGGUGUUGGCAUCCUCGUUAUGGAAGAACUCAAAAUUCAAGGUCUUACAAGGGAUAACCGUGAGAAUGCGAUUCUUCAUGAUCAGUUGUAGCAGGGUGCGGGCGUUCAAUUUGUAAACAUGACUCUGUUAAAAUGGGUGGCAAGCGUGGCGCAGAAUAAAGAGAGAAGUGAGGUUUGCAACAGGUCUGUGCUACCGUCACGCCCCGUUUACAAACUGAACGCCUGUAAAUACAAUUGAAAUUAGUUAGUAUCAUUUUGAUAAUGCUAAUGUUACUAUUAUUUGGUAAUUUGGCGUAUGUCAGAGAGUAAUUUAUCAAAAGUUGCGUCAUUACUGGGUACAUAGAUCCACCAACAGCUGUAUUCCAGUGUAGGUAUUUGUGGUCCCUCAAUAAAAGAUGUGUUCUCUGACCGUCCUGAUCGAAGAUUUUUUCUGUUCCAAGAUCAGUUUGAAAUUACCUUACGACCUGAUAGCGAGAUACCAAAUUUGAUUAUACAGGGAAUCAGUGAGAAAAAAAGAAGUAAAUGUGGUGACUCUUGCGUUGAAGAAAAUAUCCAGGGCCGACUGAAAAAUUAAGCGGUAGGAUUACAUGAUUCAACCCCUGGAAACGAACUUUGAUAAGAAUGCGACGAAGGAAGUUCAGUGUUCCUUUUGAGGAAAGGUCAGUAAACUUUGUGGAGAAAAGUGCUUUUUGUUGUUAAGUCUUUAAUUUUACUUUUGCUCAUUAACAUCAUUUGAUUUAUGACUAAAAUGCUAUCUUUUUGCAGAACUCGUACAUGCAACAUCGCUCGGCUCCUGUGUAAUCAUUUCGGCGAUACUUUGUUUCAGAGAGAUGGCCUAUGUUUGCCCAGUGCUGUUUCUGUUAUUAUCGAUUAGAAGAGAAGAACUUUAGAAUUCAAUAUUGCUGUGAUUCACCACCAUUACUUCGGCGGAAAACUGUCGAUGAAUUGUAGCUUGCGCAACGUUAUCCAAUGUGUGGCUUAUGUAAACUUUCUGUCUUCUGUUUUUGAAAGUUGAGGUCAUUCAAAUAGUGCAUCGCGUAUCCAUAGCAACGCUUUUCUAACAAAAGGAGCAACUCGGGAAUGCGCUCCUUUAUUCGUUUUAAAAGCUUAGCUUUAACAACAACUUCGUCACUUUUGCAAGAAAUAUUAGUCAGUCAAUUUGAUCAGCCACAUUCGAUUUCAUCGAGAACUAGCGAAUUGAGCCACAUCGGACUUAAAAAAAUCGUCGAGUGACGGGAUCAUUGCCACAUCGAAGGUGAUCAUGACUCUAAUGAAACACAUCGCGAUCAUAUGUUCGAUCCUGGCGGCGUUUUUUGCGGAGGUGGCUUGUGAAUGUUCGAUUGCAAACGUAUGUGUCCCUGGGCCUGUGAAUGCAGCCCGGUUAGUGAAACACACUGUGAAAGCCACAAGUACGUGCGGAAAUCCACCGGCCUAUUACUGCCAUUUCGAACCCUUGAACGGAGAUUGCACCUUAUGUAGCGGCACCAACCAUUCGGUGGACAAGAUGACUGAUGGUGACUUAGAAACGAGCUGGCAAUCUGUAACUUGGUGGGAAUGGUACAAGAAUAACAACAACACACACAAACCAUUCGUGGUAGAUGUUACUCUUUCCUUCAAUAAGAGUUAUGCUAUCACAGGAGAAAUUCGUAUUACUUUUAACUCUCCUCGACCGUUUAAAAUGAUUCUGGAAAAGUCUGCGGAUAAAGGAUUAACGUGGACACCUUUGCAAUACUACGCCGACGACUGCCAGGAGAAAUUCAACUUAUCUAACACGCCUGUCGAAAGCAUAACAAAGGGUAACUUUGGUAUUCAAUGUGUGCAAGACUACAGCUUUGCAACGCCUCAAAAAGGCGGCCAGGUGCUGUUUGACUUUUUGAGACGUUACGAGAAAGCUGACUUCUGGAACGGAACACUGCAAGAAUACUUCACGAUUACGGAUCUUCGGUUGCGAUUGUUGUAUCCUGGUACAGAUGGACUGGAGAAUGUUGAUAAUGUAGUCGAAAACAUCUUUAAUCAGUACUUUUAUUCAAUCGCAGAUAUUAGAGUGAAUGCCCGAUGUCAGUGCCACGGGCACGCAGAGUACUGCGAUUUCCCGUAUACGAAUGGAUCACUUUGUGAUUGUCUACACAAUACAGCGGGUGAAGAUUGUGAGAGGUGUAAACCACUCUUCAACAACCAAACCUGGAGGCCGGCAUAUUCAAACAGCGAACCCAAUCCGUGCGAAGGUAAGUGCAUAGAAAUAAUACUUGAAUAUUGUAUUUGUUCUUCUCGCCUUAUUGCUAUGCGAUACUCAAGUAUUUCCUCGAGUUUGCGAGCUAUGCGUAAAUCGGACUAGAUCCAUAUUGUAACGUGAGCGUUUCAUAAUUAACAUCGUUGCGUCGAUGUUUAUAACUUCGAGACACGAUUAGGAAAAAUGGUAACGUGUUCCUUAACAAUUUUCGCUGGAAACAAUCGGCUCCCAGCUGAUCAAGUGAAGGGAGCCGCGGUGCUUUCUCUUUAAAUUGCUUGAAUAACUUUGUUGUCUAAAACCCAUGGGAGUUUAGAAUGAUCGAUGUUAUUUCACACAAAAUUUAAAUUGUAGGAGCAGGUAGACACUUUGAACCAGGCUUUCAUGAUCGAGAACCUUCUAUCCCGUGAAUAACAUGUGUACUACCUCGAGUAACAUGCAAUUUUUUUCAAGACCAUUAGUUAUACCAUACUGUUUAGAUAAUUCUUAUUAGUAAAUCAAGCUCUCCAUUGAUGGAAAGCAGUACGCGUCUUCCAGAAAGGUGUUAAUUUCACCGUUACUGGUGGAAACCGAUAAUGCUCUACAUUAACAAAUAAAGCUGGUAAUCUUGCAGAAAAGGAAAUAUAUGUUUGUUUUGAUUUCUAUGUGAGUGGGGUCUCCGUGGAGUACAAGAGUACUAUCCCGAACUACGCAAAAUAAUUUUUAAUUGUGAUUGUAAUGGAGUAACCGUUACCAAGAGCAGUUAAACGAUUUACUUAUUUCAGCGAGGUUUUGUGAUAGAACCGGGCGAAAAAAAUCACAAACUGAAUGGUGGUAUUGGCAUCGUGCGUAAUAUUGCAUUUUGAAGUGUUGAAUAAAUGUGUCACACAAAAAUUUUACUUAUGUAAAUUUGGCCCUAAGAAACAUCUUAUAUAAUUUUUCCUCAUAAAUCAGGAUUUAUCUUUACUCAGGCAGUACAUUCUCUUCAAAAUAUAAAUAAACAAAUAUAUUUAUAUUUAAUAUAAAUAUUUAUGUCAAAGUAGUGAUGGUUACUGUACAUCUGUUUUGUGUUCAAGGCUUUCACUUGCAGUCUAACAUGGACUCUUCAUAGUCUUAAUGUCAAUGUAAUAUCUCGUUACAGUGGACUCUGUUAUUGUAGACACCUAGAAGGGGAGAUUUAGUGUUGGUACUGGCAAGAAAACAUAAUGGGGGUUUCAAGAGAAAAAAAUUGGUUUUUCUCUAAACAAAUGAAAUAAUAUACAACUACUCAAACAUUAAGUUUCUUAUGACCUCAUGAACUGGAAAAAGAUUUGGUUGCAAGCAUGAAAUUCUCAUGUUUGCACCCAAUUGAAGAAUGGUUUCUUUAUUUUCCUCUAUUGUAAUGUUACAUUAUGUUAUGUGAGUUAGGAUUUUUAAGUGUAUACUAUAGCAAGAGAAAAAUAAGUGAAAUGUCAUGCUUGGGGCACAUAAGUGUCCACAUUUCUUUAAUAGCAAGACUCUGUAAUAAGGGGAUUUUGUUUUAAUUGUUUGUUUGUGUGUUUUGCCGGGGAGCUGGCUCUUGCCCAAAAUGGCAGGGUGUCCAUAAUAGUGAGUAGAACAAUGCAAGAGUCAACUGUAGAGCAAAAAUAUACAUUAAUACCAGUUCACAGUUCUACUAAGUCAGACUAGGUAUUAGUCAUCUUAUCAUGAUGUUUAUUAAUGGAUCAUUUGUGUUGCUCUUUCAGAAUGUUUGUGUUAUGAUCAUGCUGAUAGUUGUCACUACAACAAAACCCUCAAUCAUGGUAUCUGUGACGACUGUUACCAUAACACCACAGGGAUGUUCUGUGAACGUUGUCAUGAAAAGUUUUAUCGCAAUAUGAGCAAGCCACUAAAUGAUCCUGAAGUGUGCCUACGUAAGUACUGAAAAGUUAGUGCCUAGUGAUAUAACUGUAUGAUAUUGGCAUGGAAACCUGCAAAGGUACUUCUGGAUUUUGAUGUAGUUGAUGCCAUGGAGGCAAGUUGAACCCACUGACUAAGCUAUAGGGUUUUCUAUUGAUACUAGUGUACUUUAAGUUUAUUUUCCAGGAAAUUAAUAACUUAUUUUACAUAUACAAUCAACUUGCAUAAGUUAGAUUGACAUGUCAAUUCUGUGCUAUCUUUUGGGAAUUUCAGCUUGUGACUGCUUCAUGUUUGGAAUUAUCAACAAUGGAACAUGUAAUCAGACAACAGGACAAUGCAAAUGCAAGCAAAAUGUGACAGGUCGGCAGUGUGAUCAUUGUGCGGACACCUUUUGGGGUUUUGAACUACCCCCAUUAGGGGAUUGUAGAGGUAAGUGAUUUAUGCUAAUCCACUUGAGUUGUGUUCACACACGGCUAGAUUUAUCCUUGUAAAUAUUAUUUUAAUCAGAGUAAGAAUGCAAAGGAUGCAUUCCUGGUGGUAAUAAAGUACAUAUUGUGUAAAAAUUAUCUUUAGGGCACGUAACUUUUUUCAAAAAGCUUUUUGUUAAUUCUCUGUGACAAAGUUCAUUAAAAUUCUUAAGGGAAGUCAUGAAUAAAUUGUUGGCAAUUUAGUCUUACAACGAUUACAGGCUGUAGUCUUGGUGAUGAAGUGACAUUCAGUUACUAGGUCCUUUGAUUUGAAAAUCUCUCAUAAUGUUUUGCAAAAUAAUAAUGAGUAAUGAGCAACUAUUGCAACCAUUAGACUUUAGGAAAAGGGUUGAAAUAGUGUGAUGGUGAAGAAAGUGCAGUAUUUUGCAGCUGUCAUCUUUAGGAAAACAUACACUGUAGUGUUUGGUGCUUAACAAUCAUUACCAACUCCAAUGGUUCAACCUGUUAUCCUCCUUUCAUUUUGUCAUUUUGGCUUUUAUUGUAGAGUGCAGUUGUAAUGGUAAUGGAACAGUGAAUGGAAGCUUAAGCUGUAAUCAGAUAUUAGGGGAGUGUCCAUGCAAGAAUAAUAUUCAUCAACGUACUUGCUCAGAGUGCAAAGAUGGUUAUUACUCAUUUCCAAAAGCCAUUGAAAGUGACUGUCUUCAGUGUGACUGUGACUAUGGUGGAAGUGUACAGGAGAUCUGUGAAAAAAUAAAUGGUUAGUGUCAAUGAUUAGACAAAAUUUUGGUGCAGCAUUUAAUUUUGUUUUAUAGGCUUCAAUUUUGAACUAUGUCUUACUGAAUCUAUCCUCUCAAGAUGCAAUAUGCUCUCCUCAAUUCACGCUGAAAAAGAAACUGAACUAUUUUUUUCUUUUUCAUAUCAAUCUUUUACCCCAUCUUGCCUAUGUAUAAUUAGACAUAUACAAAUUUUACAAACCCAAUGUCUUGGAAGAACUGAAAUUGCCUCCUAGAGGUGAAAUUUGAUAAGAAAAUCGACAUUUAGUUUUCAGUAAGUCAUGGACUUUCCAUUGUGUGAAGUUAGAACUGAAGCAAUAUUUUAUUAUUCUUAUUAACCUCUUUAUAGGCUGAAAAAUUAACUUACAUCUUAUUUUCCAGGAACUUGCCUUUGUCGAAGCCAUAUUGAAGGAGAACGGUGUACUGCAGUUAGAGCAGGGUUUUAUGUCGCUUCCUUUGACCACCUGAAAUAUGAAGCUGAAGAUGCUAUGGGCAAUUAUGAAGCCACCUCUAAUUUCAGUGGGGUGGACCAGGAAUUUACUGGCAGGGGCUAUGGAAAAAUUGGAUUCAACCAAUUUAUUUCUUUCAACGUCAACUUAUCCACAAGCUUCAGGGACUUCUACAUAGUUAUUCGCUACACCCACACUGAGAAGGCCAACUUAUCACUUCUACUCUCUAUUAGUUCUUGCAAUGAAAAAAAUUGCUCUGAGUCAAAUAAUUUUUCAAUCUCAGAUGUGCCUUAUGGAGUUGGAUUAGCUUGGAUAUCAGAGGAGGCUGUGUCUUUUGUAAGAGGCCAAGUGUAUCAUUUGAACUUGAGCUAUGUCAGUGGAAUGUACCAAAACACCUCCAUUGAAAUAGACUCUUUAAUUUUACUUCCAAAUGUGAGAGAUGUUAGGAUUUAUGAGAUUGCUAACAGAUAUGGUUCUGUUCAUGGCAUGGCACUGCAACAGAUUGAAAAUUGCUGGAACAAAUCCACCACCAUUUCUGGGUCUCAAAGUGGUUUUGACACAGCAGUAUGUCAGAAUGUUACCUUCUCUGCAAUGGCUGAAGUGUUUGAUGGAGCUAUUGGUAAGUGGUGUUAGGGAUAAUUUAAGUCAAUUAUAGUAAUUAGAGAAUUUUGAUUUCUGGAUCAUUUUUGUUGAGGUGUGACACUGGCAGUUGUCUCAACACUGGCCAAGAAGGCAGUUGAUCACAUUGACAGUUCACAUGGAGAGGGCACCAGUCUCCUGUCUUUGCAAGUUGAAAACUUGUUAUUAUCUAACAAAUAUUUUAAAGUACACAGCUGUAUAAACAUCCCACCUUCUCUCAAGGUUUAACGUAAAUGGAAGAAGCUCAUAGAGACCAUGUGUAUGACUAGCACUGUAGUUUCCAGGAUGUUUAUCAUUAUGGUAUACUUCCUAUUUUUUCUUGUUAAUACUUUUGUUGGUACAUUUUACAUGUACUUCUAAGCAGGUUGUUUUUUUUUUACUGAUUUUAAACAUAUAUCACUUGAUUUGAGUGACCACAUUUUAACUCAUGUUUUUUUGUUUGUUUUUAUAGCUUGUUCUUGUAACAGUACUGGCACUAAAAAUGGUACCACCUGUCACAAGCAAGGAGGUCAGUGUCACUGCAAGCCAGGAGUGACAGGACAUGCAUGUGAUCGUUGCAAACCAGGAUAUUUUAACUUUACUGGAAGUGGAUGUACAGGUAUGUACAGCAAAAUGAUAGAGAACUUAUGAAAUGAGACUGUUCAUGCCUUCAUAUUUAGUUCUGAUUCAAAUGGAAGCCAUUGAAACAAGAUAACUUCAUCUCUGUUUCCUCUCAGCUUGUGGAUGCAGUGGUGUGGGCUCAUCAGAUCUGGUCUGUGAUCCUGUGUCUGGUCAAUGUCCAUGUAGGCCCGGUGUUGUAACAAGGACAUGCAGCAGGUGCAAUGCAACCUACUAUGGUUUUCAAUCAGGACAGGGCUGUGUUGAGUGUAAAUGUAAUGCAAGUGGUUCUUCAGACCUGCAGUGUGAUGAUGUUAGUGGUGUGUGCCCAUGUAAGAACAGCACCACUGGGUCAAAAUGUGACAUGUGUCGUAAAAACUUCUUCAAUUUCACAUCAGAGGGAUGCCAGUGAGUAUGCAUGUUUUGCAAACAAUCCAUAGCUAAAUGUAACAUUGUAAACAGUGGGUUACCUUUUCAUAUAAAAUGUAUUUGUUUUUCAUGCUUUUGCUGCAUGCUGCAUAUACAGAUAGGCAAAGUCAGAUAAUUGCUAUUGUUUAGCAAUGUGUUUUGGUGUAAAAGACUUCCUCCCUACUUAAACUUCUAGCAGACUGCUUUGUGUAAUCUAGUUUCAACCGAAAUCAAAAGAGGCUUUGUAACAGGCAUUUUAAUUUCCCUUAACUGAUUUUAAGACCUUCAAUAGCUUUCAGUGUGUGCCUUAGGGUGGGGAAAAAUAAAGAAAGGUUGUUUUUGAAGGGAUGGAGGCUAGUUUAGAUAAAUAUUGGUACAAGCACUCAAACAUGUAAGACAAAGUCCAGCCUUGUUUGUUGAGUUAUCAUUAUCCUUUAGUAAAAGCUGUGACAAAUGGAUGUACAUGGAUUGCAAGCUGGUGAUAGUUAUACCGUACACAGACAAGAUUUUUUUCUUAAGCCAAUCCAUUAUUGUUUUCCUUUACAGACCAUGUAACUGCCAUGAGGGUGGUUCCAGCUCAGUGCAGUGCCAUCUCAACACAGGGAUCUGUAAAUGCAAAGCCAAUGCCGAAGGAGAAAAGUGUGAGAGAUGCAAAAAUGGAACUUACAAUAGUGACCCAAAAAAUCCAGAUGGAUGCUCUCCAUGUUUCUGUUUUGAUCGAUCCAAUGUUUGUUCCUCUGCUGUUGGCUUUAUUAAAGAUUAUAUUAUGGUCAACUUCUCAUCACUGAAUCACGUUAAUAAACCAGGAAAUCUGCACGUGCUAUCGGAAAAUAAUGGUAAUACCUUUAAAAUUGAUUUUCCAUCCAACAGCAAUGUGACAGUUAUUGUUAAGAAUAAUUUUCAGGGAAACCAACUUUCUUCUUACAGUCAGUUAUUCAUAAUUGACUAUGUUGAGGCUGAAAGUUUAAAUGCUUCUUGGAUCAUCACACUGAAAAACACUCUGGAUCGUGAAGCGCGCUUCAGCAUAGUGUCUUCUCUUUCCUCGUCAAACAAGGAAUAUCACGCACUUCUUCAUGAACGUAACACCCUCAACAACUUAUCUGCUUUUGACUUACAAAGUAUCCUAGUGGAUAUCGAUUCUGUUGAAAUACAAGGACGUUUCAUAGCCAAUGGCUCUGUUACAAUAGCUGCAAAGAUGGUUACUGCUACCAGAGGUGUUGGAGAAGAAGUAAGAUAUGUUGAAAACUGCACCUGCCCCUACAAUUACACAGAGUUGUCAUGUGGAUAUUGCAAUUCAGGUAAGGUACUACCACAGUCAGUAAUAGCAGUUUAAACAUGGGAUUAACUGAGACGGAAAUACUUAGAAAAGAGUAAGGCGAUCGAGGGCCAAGUAAGACUUGUCCUUCCAUGAAUAUGGACAACGAAUGUGGGAGACUGAAAAAGGAUAGUUGCUUGUCGAAAGCAUCAAAACUGGUUUUGAAGUUUAUUUAUAAUUCUUUUUUUCAAGGAUUUACUCGCCGACCUCCUAGCCCGAGUCACUCGUCAAGAGUGUUCAGCUCGUGCGUGCUGUGUUCAUGCACUGGUCGUUCAAAGGAGUGUUUCCCUGAGAAUGGCACGUGUUACAACUGUCGCAUGGGAUCUGAGGGUGAGCACUGUGAGAGGUGUCAACCUAACGUGGAUAACACUACCGACUGCAGACGCUGUGUACCUGGUUAUUUUGGAUUGACCCCUUCGUCUGGUGGCUGUCGAGGUAACACAUCUUAUAUUAUAAGCUUAUUUAAGCGGAAACAAAUUUUCAAACAAACGGAGUUCUCCUCUGUGUAUUUGUUUUGUUUCCGUCCUCUUUUAUGUCUCCUGCAUGCUCUUUUUAGUCUAUCUGAAGACCAGCAUUAUUCUUGAUACCUGUAGGUCAUAUGCAGUGCUAACCGAGUAAGUGCACAAACACACUAAAAAUUACUCCCAUGUAAAGGCUCCUACAAUAACUUAACAUUAGAAGAACUAAAGUAUUGUAAACGAUUUUCAUAAAAUUUCACCGUAUUUUCCAAUCCAGGCAGGAUAAACACAUGAAAUGUCAGGCUUUAUUCUAAAUCUAAUAACUGAAGCUGUUUCCAAAGGUGUGCUUAAAAUUUUUUUUCUGUUUUGUCAUGUUUCAGACUGUGACUGUGUUGAACCUAACACACUGUACGGAAAUAGUACUGUAUGUAAUGAGACAACCGGCCUGUGCACAUGCAAGCCAAGAAUUGGUGGACGGCGAUGUGACCGGUGCCAUGAGAACGCCUACAACACGAGCAGAGGAUGUGUUGGUAAGUGUGCAAAGAAACUGAUAGCUACGUAUUACAGGUUCAUUAUCAUUACCAUCGUCAUCAGCAUUGCUGGUAAUAUCCUUUCCAGCUUUAAUAGAUGUGUCGGUCACCAGAUAAUCGUGCUUGAAAUGAUUCAAUUUAUAACAACUAAGUAACUUCUCUAUAAGUUAGUUUGGCAUCAGCUGGGGUAUGCGGGUAUUAAUUGCGUUGACGGAAGUUUUUACCCUCUAGCGUCGAUUGCUCCGACAAAGGGCUACUUUUUCUAUUCUGUAAUAACUUGGCGAACGCAAGCAACAAGAAGCUGAGUUAGCGUGUGAUAGUAAAAGAAAUUUGAAAAGGGUUAAUGUUACAGUGACUUUUAUUUUACCUUGUGUGUUUUUUUCUCAUUUCUCAGAUUGUCCUGAGUGUUACCGUCUGAUUUACGAGGAUGUCAAGAAACUUCGAGUGAGUUUACUUGCCUUGGACGACACUAUUGAGCGGCUUCGCAAUGGAAAUAUCGGUGAUGCUUCCUUCGCACAUCGGCUCGACGAGUCUAACGAGGAUGUCAGCAAUUUGGUGGAUGAUGCAAAACUUUCUCGAGAAGUUGAGAAUAACGUCACAAAUCAAAUUAUGCAGCUAAAUGAGUCUCUUAAUCAUCUAGAACAAGUCUUAAUGCACGAGGUUACUCCUGGUGUCAAAACACUAUCAGAUAACCUCAAUGCUAUGGAACGGAAUAAGAACAAAACAGAGGAGCUAAUCCAGCUGAUAAAGGGAGCAGUUAACGACAGCUUUGAUAUUCUGAACAUGUCUGUUGAUUCCGCUGUCCGCAAGGCUGAGAUUAUCACCAUUUAUCUCAGUAAGCUGGUUCCCAGGUUCACUGCACUGGCAAACAAUUUCACGGGAGCAGCCGCCAGUCAGAAUGAAACAGCCUAUGAGAUCCAACAUAAGGUUGAUAACGCUAGUUCUCGGGCAGAGAAGGCUCAACUAGUGGCCGACAACACCAUAACGGACCAAAAGGAUCUUGAUCUCUCCCUCCAGACUCUGAAAAUGCAUGGUGAUGUCAUACAAGCCUUGGGUGAAUACGUGAAUUCUACAGCUCAUCAGCUGUUUGUGAAUGCGUCGAUGGUUUUGUCAGGAGCAAACAAGACUUUAUCUGAGCUGAUGCUACUGGAUCCUGAUAAGAGAGAAGUGGUCGUUCAGAUCGAGGAGGCAGCGAUGCAUGCAAGCAGACAAGCGCAGGGGCUGAUCUCUACGGCGCAAAAUUUGACCCAAAUGUAUUCCAAUUUGUCCACACAAGUUGAACUGGCUGUGGAAGAAGUGAAUCUUUUGACAUCGCGCGUGUUUAGAAUUGAGGCGGCUGGUAAAACAAUCCUAAUUGAAGCUCAGCGAGCUAAACAAGAAGCUACUGAUGCUGUGCAACUCGCCAGCAAGACCUUAAAAGACGCUGAAGAAAUGUUACAGAUCCUACAAAAUUUCGAGAGCAAGGCAAAGGAAGCACAAGAUUUUGCUGAUCUUUCUCUAAAGCAAGCCAAGGAGGCUAACAUUACAAGCUUGAAUGCCAUUCAGUUCGCUCAGGGUAUCAACGCCUCUCUUCAAGCAACACUGGCGGCUGCUACUAAAGGACUAAACUUUGCGCAACAAGCGUGGAAUAUUUCAACUUAUGAGAACCAGGUAAACUGUGCACAUGUUAGUUUGACAUCACGUGGGGAUGUGCUCAGACGCCAUGACUAGUUGAAUGUGAAAUUCAAAUAGAAGAUUCUUUUCUCACUGGACACCCUGCAUGCCCCUGCAAUUGUUUUGUCCCUAAGCCAGCCAACAUCCGCUUAGACAAACUGUGUUCAGGAAGCCGUUUUUUCCUCCUUUUUCCUUUUUUUUUUCUUUUUCUUUUUCAUAUUUAUUCGUAAUUUAUUUAAUUUUUUCAUAUUUUUAGUCCUCUUUGUUCUGUUCUCGGUUCUAAUUACUUGUGUCAUUCUGUGGUUCUGAUCAUUACUAAGAAUUAUCUCUUGUUUGGAUCAUCUAAGUAUAUUGACAGGACGACGAUUAAUUUUAUACCUUGAGUUCCUUAGUGCUAAUUUUUAUCUUGGUUAUUCACACAGGCUGUGACCAUAAUUCAUGCUGACGCAAACAAAAUAUCUCAAGCCUCAGCCCAAUCUAAGUACACGACAGGAUACCUCAAUCACGUGGAUCACAAUGUCACCAGGUUGAACACGUCAUCCCAAGGACAUAUUGACACGUGCAAAGGUAACUAUUCCAAGUUAGCGUCUGACGCUUUGACAAAUGCUUAUUUAGCAAAGAACGCGGCAGACAAAGCUGAUGCUGCAGCCAAGAACUUGAAAAUGAACGUAGAUCACGUGGUACAAGAAGCAGCCAGGUUACAGCACGUGAACGUUACAAGGCUGGGUGAGCUUAAGAGCGAGAUACAGAGAAUACGCUCAACAUUUACACAGAAAAACCUGGCAGAUAUUAUAACAGAACUGGAAAAAGCAAAAAGAGAGCAGCAGACAUUUUUGCUGGAUUAUAAAAGAAAAGUUAACGAAAGGAGAGUAGAAAUCGCGGAGUUGAAGCAUCUCUAUGCGUCUCUUUCAUCUGUAACGUGUAACAAAUCAUAAUAAUUAUAUGACAUACUGUGUGAUGAAUAAGCUAUAAAUAAGUUGCCACAGCAUGCGGUUGAAUUCCGUCCUUGAGGACUGAAGGUCGAAUAACCAGGUCAAUCAAGUUGAAUUUUCGAAGAGAAAAGUCCUACAUCACUUUCCCAAUGGCUUGAUUAUGUACCCAUAUAUCCAUUUGAAAUUGAUGGGGGAGGGGGGAGACGGGAGGUGGUUGAACGCUGGGCAAGCUUACGCCAGCCAAAUGUAUGAGAAAAACAACUAGGGAAAAAAUGGUAACCAAAUAGCCACAGUUUAACAUGAUGAAAAGAAACACACUGUUGCUUUUCUAAUAGCUUAUUAAUUUAUGGAUAACUCUUCACCAUUCCAGUAUAUAGACAGGUUAUUCCUGAUAAACGCUUUUAUAUUUUUUUUGCAAAUAAACAUACGGGUUAAAUUAGUACUAGCUGAAAAGAGAAACAAACCAUUUCGAACUAAGGAUCAUGAAUUUCGCAUAAGUUUCAAAAUGAUUAUGUAGGCAAGGGACAUACUUUUUGUAAACCCUUCGUUUUUUUUUGUUGAGAAGGAAAGUGUUAUUUUUAAUUAUAAUUGCAAGUAUAUUUGUAGGUGAUAUUUUAGCGCUUUUGUAAAAGUAUUUAUUGUGUAUAAUUUUCGAUCAAAAUUAUUGUUGAUACUGAUAAAUUCUUAUUAUGUGAUUUUAGUGAAAUUUAAAUUCUUUUAUUUUCAAUCACUGAUAACAUUUAUAUGAAAUAUGGCUCUCGUUUUAGACCAUGAUUCUAAAGGUUAGUCAGAUGUGUGUCUGUAUAUUUAACAAAUAGAUUCCAAGUUGCCGUGCGUCUGUUCAGUAGUAGAUCACAGAUGACGUCAAAAUGUGGUAAGAACAAAAAAGUAGCACACGAGGC